CCUGCAGAUGGCGCUGUGUCCUCACAAAGAGACGCGCUUAAUGGAAACCGAAACAAACCGAGCCAGAUCUGGACCGAAUCUGAGCCAAGAGUGUGAGCCAUAGACGGACCGGAGCGUGUGUGUGAGCCCAGAGCCGGCGAGACGUGAGGCUGAGCAGAGGUCCCUGCGAUGGCAGGCUUCCUGGAUCACUUCCGCUGGCCUGAGUGCGAGUGCAUGGACUGGGGCGAGAGGAGGAACACUGUGGCCUCCAUCGGAGCAGGGGUCUUGUUCUUCAGUGGUUGGUGGAUCAUGAUUGACGCAGCGGUCACGUACCCGAAUCAGGAGCAGAUGAACCACGCCUUCCACACGUGUGGCGUCUUCUCCACCAUCGCCUUCUUCAUGAUCAACGCUGUGUCCAACGGGCAGGUGCGAGGGGACACUUAUGGAGAGGGCUGCCUGGGACGCACCGGGGCGCGCCUGUGGCUGUUCCUGGGCUUCAUGAUGAUGUUCGGCUCCCUCAUCGCCUCCAUCUGGAUCCUGUUUGGGGCUUAUGUUGUUCCAAAGAAGGAGGUGGCUCCAGGACUGGCUGUGUUUUUUCAGAACGCCUUCAUCUUCUUCAGUACACUGAUCUACAAGUUCGGCCGCACAGAAGACCUUUGGGGCUGAGCUGUCUGCAGGCACCUCCAUUUUCUCCACGUUUUUAUAUUUCUGUACACACUGUUCUGUACGUCACUGCGAAACAUCUGCAUAUAUUAGCUGCAUUCAUUUGAUUUUAGUUUUCAAAAGCUUAGAGUGGGGGUAUUCCGCAAAAGCAAGUUGUUCCCUCAUCAAAAACAUGCCUGUCGUCCAUGCAUGUCUGAGUAAUUUAGUGAUCUCUCCUGGACCCUAUUCGAACCCUCCUUACAGUUUCCUUUAAGAUUCUGUUUAAUUCUCAAUAGAUAUACAAAAAGAUGAUACAAAACUAUGAAAACAGAAAAUCUAAACAUGUGCGUUAGCAGUUAAUACCCUAUAGAUGUAAAAUACCCCCUCUUUAAGACGGCAGGAUUCUUAGAUGCCAUUUUGUAUAUUACUGCAAAUAUCUGUAUAUAUUUGCGUUUGCUUUCAUUUCAUUUAGUUUAAGAUUGAGGCGCAACAUUUUAAGGUAGAAUUUUAUGUUUUGACCUGAUUUUAUUUAUUUUUUUUAUAUCUCUGCAGUCAUCUGAAUUUAGGCCAGAUUAUUUUUUACCAAAUCAGUUAAAUGUGUUUAUCGUUCACUUUUGCAGAUUUAACAGCUCACGUGGUGGAUUUGUGUCUUAUCAAAAAUGAUGAGGCUCUACUUGAAUCCUGUCCUCUAUUGUAAAUUAGAAAGUCUAGGUUUCAGAUUGAAGAGUUGAGUCUGUAUGGUGAAACAGCAGGUAACAAAAAGAGCACAUCCUCACACAGAAGCAGGCUCACAACAUUAGCUGGAUUACACUGGACUGUAUAUAGCCCUCUUGGACUGGUUGUGUAUUGUUUGUUGUCUCUUUUAAAGGACCUAUAUUAUGCUCAUUUUGUACCUAUGUUAUAAUGCUGUUUCCUCGUCACAAACAGACCUGGAGUUGUGUUUUGCUUCUUUCACACAUGUUUGACUCACAAACCCUGCACAUUUAGGCCGAGUUGUUUUCACAGACUGAAAACAUUUGAAGCAUUUGCAUCCUGGAAUGACUAAACUGUGAAUCUACAGCUGUUGUUCUAGCCUCUCUAAACCGUCUUCCAUUAAUCAAAAGUUCAGUGUGUAAGGACAUACUGGAGGCUUUUGUGGCAAUCUCUCCAUUUAUAACAGCUCAAUUAAGGCUACAAAUAGCUGUUAACUUGAAAACUACCACUACAUGACAUCACAAGGUGGAACAGAGUGUUUUGAGCUUUGGAGAUGCAGACUGACUAAUAAUAAAGGGUUAUUCAAACGUGUGAAUGAAACAAAACACAAUAGUAAAAGAAACAAAGCAAUAGCGAUAGUCAAUUUUGCAUAAUAUAGGACCUUGAAACUGUGUCAAAAAUUUGAAAAUAAGCUGUUUUUAGAAUAGAAGAAGUGAAAAUUGUGUAAAUAAUAUUGAGUGGCACCACAGUGUUAUCCGCAGCCAAAAAGAGAAUGAUCUACUCUUUGUAUAAAAGUGGAACUAAACACUCCAUGUUUUUCACUGCUGAACUGUGUAUCUGGUGUUUGAAUAGUAUUAUCUACUGUUCCUAAUCAUUUUUUGGGAACUUUAGUGCAAACUAGGGACAUUUGUAGCUUUCUUGUUAAAACUCCUAAAUUUGCAUUGCCUUUAACUGCGUCUGACUGAAAGGUUUUCAUUUUUCAUUCUGCACUCUUCUCUCUCAUUUAAUGUUUUUUCUCUUUUUAAUUUUAUGAUGAUUAUUUAUGUUUUGAUUUGUUUGUAUUGUGAUUUUAAUGUAUUUCUUAUUUUGUAAAGUACUUUGAAUUACUGUGUGUACGAAUGAUGCUGUACAAAUAAACUUGCCUUGCCUAAUUAA